AAACUGAGGAAUUACUUGAAUGCGUGUUCUCGUGGACUCCUAAGAAACGGGGUGUUGUUGCAGGGUCUGGCUGCUGCUGUAGGAAUCUGUGAGGCAGCGACUACGAAGUUUAGUGAGUUUUUGUUGGCACUUCACCUCAUGGUGAGCAGUAUUGCAGCUACUGAGGGAGCCCCCGUUGCCAGGGUGUCUGACACCUCAUUUUGGAGGGUUAAAGCACUAAGUCAGUGAUGGUGCUCAAAUAAAAAAUACAAUGCCUUCCCACGGAGCACAUGUUAUAACAUGUCCGGUCAGCAAAGAGUUAUAGCAGUGAUGUGGCUUGAGCUACAAUAUGUGUCUUUUAGCUAAAAGCAGUCAGGUGGGAUGCAUUUCCAUCAUAGCAAGUACCAGACGUGCCUCCCUCCCAGGCCAGCGUGGCUGUGCGACCUGCAUGUCCUACCUCUCUGAUGCAGAUCUGCAACGUUUUCAUUUUAAGACCUUCCCUUGUCUCAGUACCUCUUUCUGAAGAUAUCUAGCCCUUGUCGUUAGUAAAUCAUGAAGCAGUUAAUGUGGGAGACCUGUAUAACACGUGAGGAAACCUGUCUUCCUGAAUGUGUGGACAUGAUUAGUAGUCUGACUUUAACAACAUGUGUCUUCCCAUGCUUCUUUUCCUGUUUGUUUGGUGGAAAGCUGAUUUGUCACAUCUUUUUACCACAUCGGAAAGGCAAACCCCCUUUGGAACGUACAUACCAAGUAUAAAGAGGAGACUUCUUUGUAGCUGUUGUUCUAGUGCUGCUUCCUCUUCAAAACACUGUACCUUUUUUUUUUUUUUUCCCCCUAAGUAACCACCGUUUUGUAUUGUCUUUUAUGUUUAAAGCAUGGCAAUCUCAAGAAGGGCGUUGAGGCAGAGAAGUGUCCUGUAAUUACUGUAUCUGUUGCACAUAAUCUGUAGGACAGUGGCGCUCUGAGCUGCUGGGUGCAGGCCCUUGCUGUGCACUGGUCGUGUCAGGAGUAAAUCUGGGUUUGCUCCAUUCCUUCACAUCUGCUUAUGUCCUUGGGAUGGGUGCUGAGCGUGUGGUCUUUGUUCUCCAGCACAUAGCUUGGCCUGAAUCUAUGUGGAAGCUGGGACUGCUGGGAUUGAUUGUCUUUCAAUGUAAAUAACGUUGCGUAACAUAACCCAGUAAAGAGUGCUGCUGUGGAGAGAAGAAACCUUCCUUGUAGGACAAAGAGCAACCAUCUGAAACAUUGUGGAGGUGUAAAGAGCUGUGUGAUGCUCUUUCUCGCCCUUUUCUCAUGUGCAUGAAAAACUGGGGUUGAGUUCCUUUUGUCAUGCUAAUCAGCAAAGAUUUUUUUUCCUGGAGCUUGGUUGUGUCUACACAUUGCUCCAUUUGUUUAUUAUAAAAUGAGACAUUGCUCCAUUUUCAAGUGGAAGAUACAGAGACACAGAAAUAAAGUGACCUGCCUGAAGCUUCGCUCACUCUUUAAUUCCACUAUGAAACAGCUGUCGGCAGAAACUAUUCGUCUCAUUUCAAGCUCUCAGGUGAUCACAUCAGUUGUCAGCGUGGUGAAGGAGCUGAUAGAAAAUGCGUUGGAUGCAAAUGCCACAAUUAUUGAUAUUAAACUGGAGAAUUACGGGCUUAACAAAAUAGAAGUAAGAGACAAUGGCAAUGGAAUCAAGGUUGCUGAUGUCCCAGUUAUGGCAAUUAAACACUACACCUCAAAAAUAAGUUCUUCUGAGGACCUUGAGAGGUUAACAACAUAUGGGUUCCGUGGGGAGGCUUUGGGAGCAAUUUGCUCCAUAUCUGAGGUUUUAGUCACAACAAUGACAGCUGAUGAUGAUUACAGCAUUCAGUAUACUUUGGACAGCAGUGGGCAUAUAACUUCUAAAAGGCCUUCCCACCUUGGGCAAGGUACUACAGUAACAGUCCUACAGUUGUUUAAUAAUUUUCCUGUAAGAAAGCAGUUUUACUCAACAAAUAAAAAAUGUAAGGAAGAACUGAAAAAAGUCCAAGAUCUACUGAUAGCAUAUGGUAUCAUAAAACCGGACCUGAGGAUAACCUUAUCACAUAAUAAGGCAGUUAUUUGGCAGAAGGUCAGGGUGUCAAAUCACAAAAUGGCCUUUAUGUCAGUUCUGGGAACAGCCGUUAUGGGCAGUAUGGUACCUUUUCAACAUUGCUGCGAAGAUCCUGAGAUAAAUCUUUCUGGAUUUCUCCCAAAAGCUGAGUCAGACAGUUCUUUGACAAGCCUUUCGAGUUCAGAAAGGAGUUUUGUUUUUAUAAAUAAUCGUCCAGUUCAUCAGAAGGAAAUACUAAAGUUAAUUCGAGAGUACUACAAUAUGGUGACACAAAAGGACUCUUCUCGUUUGUACCCUGUUUUCUUUUUGAAUAUUACUGUACCUGCCUCUGCUGUGGAUGUGAAUAUAACACCUGAUAAAACUCAAGUUUUACUGCAUUAUAAGGAAUCUGUCUUACUUGCUGUUGAAAACGUGUUGAAGUCACUGUAUGGGCCACUACCUGCUGCAGUCCCUGGUGAAAGUAAUAAAACAGAUGGUACCUCAGAAGACGUGUUUGUUCAUAGAACAGAACAAACAGAUGUGGUUGUUAACAAAACGGGACCAUCUGGAAACGAUGAUCUGCACGCUCAUACUUCACUACCUUCAUUUAGCAGCAAUAUGCAAAACUGUCAAGCAGGAAAAAACACAGAAAUCUGUUUAAAUCAUCAGACAUUUUGUGGUGAUGUUGUACAUAGUCACCUGGACAAAAAAGAGGUUUCUGAGAGUGAUGCCCUUCCACACAGUUCCUUAAAUUUAUUGUGUGAGGAGGAAGAGAAUAGACAGAAUAUGAUUGAAAUUCAAAGUAAUGGUGUUACUGAGAACCCCAAAUCUAAAAAACCUGACAAGCAUCAUUUGAGUUCUGAUAAGGCUGACAAAACAGAAAAAAUUGAGGAAGCAUUAGGCCCUAAAGAUUUACCUGAAAUCUCUGCUGAUAGUUGGAGUAUGGGAAGUGGAUUUAAAAGCUGUUUAGGAGGCAACCUGAAGCACAUUAAGAUUUUGGUUCCUGAGGCUGGAGGAACAAUUAAUAAGCAAAAUGAAUGUGCCGGUGAACAAAGCAAUGAUCUGCAAAUCUCAAAUCAAAGCAUAAAGAAAAGAAAUGUGAUAAGUGAGAAAUUUGGACGUGUGAGGGCUUAUGACUUAAUUAAUGGUAAACCAAUACGGAAAGCAAGGACUCCAAUGGGAUUUUUCACUGAAGAACGUCGUCCGCAAUUGAUAGAUGAUAAUCCAAGCACCAGAAUGGAGGACAUCCUGCUGAUGAUUGGAGAACAGUGGAAGGAUUUGAAUCAAGAUGAAAAAAGGCAAUAUGAAAUAAAAGCUGCCAAAGACCAGGAACGGUACAACAGAGAUGUUGAGAAAGCUAUGGGGCAGACAGCGCACCGAUCAGCAAAGGAGGCAGAAAAAAAGAAAUCCAAGCUGAAGACUUCCCCAUCCAACCAGCAGAAGCUUAGCAAGAUGUUUAAUGUUCAAAUUGAAAAGAAGUGCAAACCUGAACUGCCUGUGAAAAUUGUGACAGUGCCUUUUUCUCUGAGUUCCUGUAAAUGUCAGGUUCAAAGACAAGAGAAAAAUUAUUCAGAUGAACAUGAGCUUUUCUUGAUCCGUCGUCAGAGUUUUCCUGAUGUCUGGAUGCUUGCUACUGAAAAAAAGCUGAUGUUGCUGAAUCCAUAUAGAUUGGAAGAAGCCCUGCUAUGUAAAAGAUUACUGAUGAAUCAUAAGCUUCCAGUAGAGAAACUGGACACACCAAUUGUGUUAACAGACAGUCUUCUUGGUGGAUCUCAGUAUAUGGCUGCUCUUUAUAAAAUGCGGAAGGAUUCCCGGAGUUUCAGUGGCUCGGGUUAUUUGUCAGAUCCAAGGCUUGUAGCAAAUGGUUUCCAGAUAACAGUGAUAGAAGGUGCAGAAUGCCAUCUGGAAAUAGAAGGGAUAGCUAAUUGUCUGCCCUAUUAUGGUAUUUCUGAUUUGAAAGAAAUUCUGAAGGCAGUAGUUGAUGGAAAUGCAAAGGAAGUACAUGAAUGUAGGCCUCUCAAAGUGAUAAAUUACUUGGAGAAGUUAUUAUGCAACAGUUGAGACUGGAAUGACUCUUGUUAAUAUUUGAUAUGCAAAUAGAUAAAAUCAUCCAUCCAGAGAAAAUAAUGGGCGUGAAGUUUCAGAAACAAGUAAUAUUUGUGGUACUGGUUGAAGCUGAGUAAUUAACAAUAGUAAUUUUCUGUCACUUCUUGUCUAGAUGUUUCACUAAUGCUAUCUUUAAUCCCAGUUCUUAAGAUCUCUGUUCAAAAAUGUUACCAAAAUAAAUGCUAAGUCUUAUUUAAGUGCUUGCUAACAUGCUUUCCUGAAUUGGGUUACUUCAAAAUGGGACCUAGGCAUUUAUACAGAAUAUGUGUUUCACUUUUUAAACAGUUAUUAUACAAACCUUUCCCUGUUUUUUGGGAGCAGUAAGUUUACAGCUGCUAUUCUGUUGUGUACUACUGAACCAUUCUUGUGCACUCAUGAAAGAAGCUUAAACAAGAGAUGAGUUACAUAUUGAGACAGGAAUGAUUUGUAACUUGGUUUGGGGGUGGAAGCUUUAUUUCCUCAGCUUGCAAAUAGCCAUCAGUCAGAUUGAAGAAGAUGGAGUUGGUUUAUAUAUAUAUAUAGAGAGAGAGAUAUUCUCACACGCACACGUGUGUGUAUCUGUAUACAGAUAUAUGUAGAUAUACACACAUACAUAUGAAGGUAUAUAUCAAGAGAUUAUCAAAGGAAGGCUUAUUAGCCAAACUGGUGAUCCUGCGAGAAACUGUUAGAAAGAAGAUGCGUGUGCAGCAGUAACAGUAGCUGGAAAAUAUUAAAUACUAACUGGGAAGUAUAUGGUUUGCUGUCAUGAAAAAAAAAAUGACAAAUAAGCACUGAGUUUUUUUGCCAUUCUGGGGGGUAAACACUGGAAACACCAUUCACUGUUGUGUUCAGAAUUGCAACUUCUAUCAUAAGUUUUAUGUUUGAGCAGGCAUGUCUGCAGUUUUUGCUCUCUUUUGGUAGACCCAGAAAAAAGAACAGUGUGGUGCCUAAAGCAGCAGCCUUCCUAGGUAGAAAAUAAUCCACAGUGAUGUUUUUUUCCACUUGGAGGCAUGGGAAAAGAUUCCAGACUAACAAAUUGAGAAGAUUCAGAUUAAAAGAUUAUGAAUGCUUU